AUGGUCCGCGACGUUUUUGAGCUGCCCAACCUUGCAAGCCUGCGAGGCAGCAUGGGUGUUGGCCAUGUUCGUUACCCCACUGCUGGAUCCUUUGCACACUCAGAGGCACAGCCCUUCUACGUAAACAGCCCGUACGGUAUUGUCUUUGCGCACAACGGUAAUACGGUCAACCAGGCUGAGUUGCGCAAGAUGCUCGAUGGCGAGUGUCACCGCCACGUGAAUACUGAUUCUGACUCGGAGCUCUUACUCAAUUUGUUUGCUAGCUACCUUCAGGAGACCGGCAAGUUCCGCGUGAACGAGGAAGAUAUUUUUACAGCGAUCAAAAAGCUGAUGGGCAAGGUCGUCGGCGCCUACGCGUGCGUUGCAAUGAUUGCUGGGUUCGGUAUUAUUGCUUUCCGUGACCCGCACGGUAUUCGCCCUUUGGGAAUGUGCAGCCGCAGAUCGCAACAUGCAUCGCGUGGUGGCGAUGAUAAAGACAUUUGCUUUGCGAGCGAGAGCGUCGUUGGAGAUGCGUUGGACUACACUGAUUUUGAAGAUGUGCGUCCCGGUGAGGCUAUCAUUGUGACGCGCUCCAACAUUACGCGGAAAAAGCUCGUCGCCACCUCAUCGGCGGACGCAUUCACACCCGAUAUUUUUGAGUAUGUCUACUUUGCGCGGCCGGACAGUGUUAUUGAUGGUGUGAGUGUUUAUCGCAGCCGCAUGGCUAUGGGUGAGCGUCUUGCACGCACUGUGUCCAGCGAACUGCUAGAAAAAGGCGUAAAAAUCGACGUGGUGAUUCCUGUUCCGGAUACGAGCCGAGUCGCUGCGCUGCAAGUCGCGCAAAACCUCGGAAUUCACUACCGCGAAGGUUUUGUUAAGAACCGCUACGUGGGCCGUACAUUUAUUAUGCCCGGUCAAAGUGUGCGCCGCAAGAAUGUGCGCCGUAAACUGAACGCUAUGGCGCUAGAGUUCAACGACAAGAAUGUGCUUCUUGUGGACGACAGUAUUGUGCGCGGAACGACGUCGCGGGAAAUUAUCCAAAUGGCGCGCGAAGCAGGUGCAAAAAAAGUUUUCAUUGCAAGCUGUGCCCCGCCGAUCCGCUUUUCAAACGUUUUCGGAAUUGACAUGCCGAGCCGCAACGAGCUGGUCGCGCACAACCGCACGAUUGACGAGAUCGCCCAGGUGAUCCAAGCCGACGCUGUGAUUUACCAAACCCUUGAGGACUUGAUCGACAGUAUCCAGUCACUCAACCCCGCGCUGACCAGAUUUGACUGCUCCAUCUUUGACGGGCACUAUGUGACUGGCGGUGUCGACGAAAAGUACCUGCACCAUCUCGAGGAGCUGCGUGCAGAGAAUGACCAGGUGAAAAAGACUACGCAAGCGGCAGAAGUCAGCGCAAGUGCGCAGCCAGAAGCACCGGUGAGCUGCAGCGGCCCGAUGAACGGAGCAGAAGAUAUUGGAUUGUACAAUGGACGGACACGCUAG